UCUUCUCCAAAGGUUGACUUUAAAAGUUGCCAGCGCUGUACAUCUCCUUCUGUGGACUUAUUGGUGACAUGUGAAUUCUUGUUCUCUUACCUAAGGUUUUACAGCUGCUUGCUUGCUUGCUUGUAUGCAUCUAAUUAAGUAGGGAAGAGUCCUACGUAUCCUUCCCCGCACAAAAGAUUUUCCGACGCAUCAACUCUUUCACUAGACGAGCUUUUACAAGCAUUCGGAAAGAUCUAGAACAGCGUACAAGACGUUGGGAAAUAAUAAGAUAACAAUGGCAAAAAUAAUAUUUACACCAUGGAAGCAGCAAUCAGAGCUUCUUGCCGUUCGAGACCGGUUCUACCCCUCGUCUUCUCAGGAUGGUCCUGAUAUGCGUGCCCAUGCAUGUGCGACGGUUGGAGCAUGGAAACUGCGAGGGAAUUUACCUCAUGCUGUGGAAGCCACCGCGCUAUUAACAGAUGCUAUCCUUCAUGAUGAUGCUAGCAAAAACUCGAUCUUUUCCAUUAGGGCUACUUACUCUGCUGCAUUCUGCAGAUUCGUAACUGGUCUCGUUGAUUCUAAACUUCAUGGACAGAAAAAGACCAUGUUUCAAAGGGCCAUUGAUCUCGGGCUGCCAGCAUCAUUCGUGGAACUGCGUCAUGAGGCAACACAUCGCGAUCUACCUUCUCUGGUUGUAUUGCGAAGUGCGGCGCAGAGAUCACUAGAGUGGCUCUGGGGUUAUUACUGGGCGAGGAUUGACCUCCCUGCUACUACUGGCGCUUCUACUGCUCCUAGUAUUGCUUUGGAUGGAGAUCUCGAGCAGCUAAAGCCUACUAUCCGGAGAGAUCUCGAGGAUAUUAAAAGAAACCUUGAUGAAGUGGAACCUCCCCGCAAGAGAAGGAAAUCCCAGCAUGACUACUACCCGACAGCAGCGCGGCUGAUCUCCAUAUGUGAGGGUCGUCCCGAGGGAGCUGUUGCAUUGUCAGAGACAUUACUUGAAGGGAAAACAUUGUUCAGUGCUGGACAAAGUCUCGGGGCGCCUAUGGAUGAGGUGUUCGACAAGUGGGAUCCAGUCUUGCAGACAGUGGCCGAAAAGAGCACUUCGUUCUUGACUACCUUUACUGAAGUGAUGGCAAAUGAACUGUCUGCAGGAAAGCAUUCGGAUGACUCAUAUCUUGAAGGGAUUUAUAUGUGGCUGAACCACAUACUUAACUCCGACACAUGGAAGGCUAACAGGAGAUAUCUCUCAUUGUCUUACAUGCGGGCCGCCUGCGACGUAAGCGAGAAUGAGUGGACGAAGAGGCUGAGACAGUCUUUACGAAAUGACACUCAUGAUUCUGAUGCGCAUAACAUUGAAACUGCCACUGAAGACCAGCUGCUUGCGAACACACAGAUCGUUUCAGAUGAGGAUGAAGCACAACGGGUACUGAGCAAUCACGGAUGGGACCUCGCGGAUACGUGGAGGAGCGAAGCAAUUGGCGUGUCAUGAACUUAUUUUUGUUAUGAAGCGAAAUAUACCUUACACUCUUGUAUGAUUUAGCAAUGUAAUACUAGUUGUAGCCACUGAUCGAUCAUGUCGAUGAUAUCACGUGAGCGCGUUACUUA